GGCGGGUUUGUUUUGUUUUGGCUCGUAGUAGCUCGCUCUCCCUGUGACAACAAAGUUAAUGUAAAAGUAAUGUAAAGUGGGUCGUUAAGUCCCAGAGAAGACACUAAAGCGAUUUUAAUGUUUCAUUCUACUUGGCGAAAGAAAGCCCGCGUCCAGCGACAGUUAUGGUCUCUGUUUUAGUACGCAGUGCUACUGUCGUCAACCUUCACUGACAGUAGGGUUUACUAGGCUAGUAACGCCACUAUCUUUAGUUUGCGUUUCGUUUACCUUUCAGUUGCAGCGGUCGAUGAUACAUUUUGCCUCAAGUACAUGCAUAUGCAUAUGUUCCAGCUGUUUGUGGUGCAACUCUUGAUAUAUCAGUGGAUGACAACAAAUUGCCACUAGAUUUUUGUUUAUGAAGACAGCUGUAGUGAUAUAUCAAUAUUCUGUCUGCUAUGGACCGUCCAGCGAGGGCCAAGAAGCAAAUCAACUAUUCAGAUUUCGCAGACGAUGAUGAUGAUUUUGCCGUGAAGGCCCCUGUUAUUAAAAAGCCGCGACUCGACGAUGACAAAAGCAAGAAGCCAAAGAGCAAAUCCUCCAGCCAGGAGAAUACACCACCUAUUAGAGACCGCAAGGAGAGGCCACCUCCAUCUGACAAAGCCUUUGAUCGGGACCUACAAGCAGCACUCACUCUCUCUAUGCUUCCAACCACUGCAGUUGACGUAGUGCAAGAGUCCAAGCAACAAGUUGAUGAGAAUGUCAAGCCCCCCACAUUAACACGCUCAGACUGCAGUGUGGACAGCAAUAGCCAAGCUGAUGGAAGUGAAGCUGAGCCCCCCACACUGACACUGUCAAACUGCAGCGUGGACAGCAACAGUCAUGGGCUGAAUGACAUCACCAAUGAGCGGCAGUCGCAGUCCAACUGCUCAAGGCAGAGGAAGGCCUCGUCUGCUGAUCCUCCACCACCAGCACCACCACCUCUGAAGGAAGAUAAACCAGCUGCUGUGGAUGAGGACUACCUCCCGCAAAACACGCCGGACUCGGAGAGUGAAUCAGACUUUAGUGGGGAGGAAGAGAGUGAAGAUGAGGAGUUUACGGUUAAGAAGGCUAAGAAAAGUAAACAGACCAAGGGCAACAAGAAAACGCCUCCUCCAAAGAAGGAGAAACAGCCUCCUAAGGCUACCAAAGCCAAAGCGCCACCUAAUAUCACAGGGACCCCUACCAGCAGUAAAGGUCGUGCAGUCACCCCUGCUGUCAACCGCAGCCCAGUCGUAACGAAGACUACAACACCCACAGCCCCAACCAUCAGCCGGAGUCCCGUUGUCACCAAAGCUGCUGCCGCUCCGAAGAGACCUCCCGCCACUCCCCCCAUGUCCAGGCCCGUACCCAUCACCAGUCCGGCAGGCAGCAAAGUACCCAAGUGGAACCCUCCAGGUAUGAUCGGCAGGAGUCCUGGCACCUCUCAUGCCUCCUCGGUCAAGUCCCCUGGUCAGGGCCUACGCCUGGGGCUCUCCCGAUUGGCCAGGGUCAAACCGCUCCACCCCAACGCUACUGCCCAUUAACUUCUAAACCCACUGACCUGCUUCCUGUUUCAUUAUACAUUCAAACGCCAACCACCACAGAACUGUCUCUCUGUUCCCAUGAAUGUGUGACGUCUGAGUGACUGAAGGGAAACUACCACCACAUGGAUAAACUAUUUAUUUGGAAAUACAGUAUAUGGGAAAAGACGCUUAAAUGUAAGGGCUCCCUCUGCUGGUGUUGGUCAGUAUUUUCACUUGCCCGCCUGAAAUGUUGAUGCGCCGUCUCCAUUUUUAUCUUAUUUUAUUUCAAUGUGUUGAAUUUGUAAUCUGUUAAGUCUGUGCGUGUAUGUUGUCAAUUUGUAUAUUUUAAUAGAAUAAAACCUUUGAAGAAAAUCAAA